AUGGCGACGGGGACCCCCAUCACCAGCAUGACGAGUGCCAUGGUAAUGAGGAACCCCAGCAACAUCAUCGCCAUGGCAACGAGGACCCCCAUCACCAUCAUCACCUUGAUGAUCGCCAUGGCGAUGAGGAAUACCACCACCACCACCAUCACCACCAUGAGAGUCACCAUGGCAACGAGGACCCCCAUCACCAUCGUCAUCACCAUGACCCCCCCAGCCAUCACCAUGGCGAUGAGGAAGACCCCAGCAACCAUCAUCCCCAUGACAAUGAUGAAGGCCAAGCCCUGUACCCCUAUCGCCAUAGCAAUGAGGACCCCCACUAUCACCAUGGUUAUGAAGGACAUCACCAUGGUGACGACCCCCAUGACCAUGGGGACCCCCCAAGCUCAGAGGAGGAGGAGGAGGAUGGUGACGGGGACACCUCUGAGGAGGAUGAAGGGAGCGAGGAGGAAGAGGAGGAAGAGGAGGAUGAGGCUGAAGGGCAAUACCAGCCUGGCUCCAUCUGCCGUUACUGCACCUUCUGCAAGCACUGCCAGCUCUGCACCCGCUGUCCCUGUGCCGAGGGUGACACUGGUGACCACUGUCCCCACUGCCAGGGCUGCCAGUUCUGCUACCUGUGUCCCCUCCUGUGUGACACCGCCUGCCAGCCCGGGAGCCUCGUGGAUGAGCUUUCGGGGGCUUUACUCCAGUCGCUUGCAAGCUUCUUUGAGGCACCGGAGGCUUGAGUGGAUUUGGGGGGGCCUAGGGGCCCCCCCACACACACAUUUUGCUGAUACACACACCCCCCAGCUGAUAUCCCCUCUCCCCAAUUUGGGGGGGGGGGGGGGGCUGGAAAUAAAAGGCCUGAAAUACUGGUGGUGGGAUGCUUCAUCCAUCACUUCAGGGCACCUGGAAAGGGGAGGGGGCGUGUGUGAAAGCUGA